AGUUCCUUUUUGGUGACACUGCCAUCUGAGGAUGCACAGGCAGAAAUAACGAGCUGGGCUUCAGCAUUUAUUGCGAGCAUUAGGUCGCUCGUGCGCAAUUCUUUAAAAAUUAUAUUGCUGAACCGUCGUGGAUUAGAUUUACUGCGCUCGCCUUCUUAGUACUCGUCUGCACUUUUCCAAGAAACUUCAUAAACUACCGCAAAAAAAAUCUUUUCGUCCGCCCCACGACGACAGCACGGAUAAGAACCAACCACAAUGGCCGCCACCGAACCAGCAGGCGCUUCUCCGAGUCCGGAGAAAGACGUGCCCAAAGCGGCCGCUGCCUCCGAUACCAGCAGGGAGAAGGCGGUUAGUGCGGCCUUCCCUCCACUAUGCAAUACAAAUUUCCCGUACAUGUGUAGAUGCAUCACAAAUUUCACCAAUUUGAAGCGUAAAACUUGUCAUGCUAGACUAGAAUCGAAGCCAAUUUUUGUCAUGCAGAGACCGCAUGUGUACGUGUACGGGAAAUUUACUGUAGAUAUCCACUCCCCGCUUUAUCGGAAAAUGAGUUUCUGCACACCUCUAUCAAAUGCAAAAAUGUCUGGGUCUGGAAAGUUCUGAUGCAUGUUAGUGAACACACUGUUUGCUGUUUGCAGUAGGCACAUACUGUUGUAAUGCGCCGCCAAGCAUGAGAGAUUUACUUUCCGUGGCUUUGUGUUGCGUAUUCCGCAUGAGAAGCAGCGUUUUUGCAUGACAGGCCAAGAAGGGAUUUCUUGCUGGCCACACAAUACAGGGCUCAGUGUCAUGCCAGAUUAGCAUGACAAAUCUCGCACUCUUCCAGACCCAGACGUAUUUGCAAUCCAUAACCUCCGAAGCGGUCACGGAAGGGCAGAUCGACCGACUUUGCGACGUCAUCUGCGAUGAUAUACUGCAGGUAUUGAAGGUUUUGAUGAUGCGCAGUAGCAAUUUGCACGUGGCACAGGCACUUGUGAAGAAAACAUUAAAAAGUUCUUUUAGGCGGAGAGUAAGUAGUACGAACCACGUCGGCCCGAAUAAGAUUAAGAAUAUGAAUAAAGUGGUUCAGCGAUCAUUAUUUUCAACAAGGGCGUUGAGGAUUCUUAUCGAUUUUUUUGGCCUGUUGUAACUGUCUGUAUUUCUGAAACUGCAUUACAGGCUUCCCUACAGCAGGACGAGCACGCGAGAGUGAACCUUACCGCCUUGGUCAAGUCACGAAUGGUGGUGGUCUCCGGGGAAGUAUCAAAUGCAAAGAUCGAUCUGAGUCGCCUGGGAAGUUCUUGUGUUGCUGAGUUCUGCAUAACUAGGGCCAUUCCUCAUGCAGCCAAGCAUGGCAAAGACAAAACUCUGGUAGAUGCUGUCUUAAGUAUAAGGUGCAUUACAACAAACCACAUUGUUGCAGCAUGACAAACAGAGUCGCGUGUAGAAGUUGCCAGUCAUGCAAUACAGGUUUGAUACAGGAGAAAUGCAAGACGCGGAAUGCAAGUCAUCACUUUUUUAUUUCCAGACCCAGACACAUUUUUUGCAAUGCAUAGAAAGUAGCGAUCAAAGGCACAUUGGACUACGAUUUGCUCGUCAGAAAAACCCUGCAGAACUGCGGGUACGAUUCAGAGGAGAAGACAGGUACUAUACGGAGGGUUGUGUUUUUGCGAAAGGGAAUGCGAAUUUUGCAUGACAAACUGUGCUGUUAAGGUGUUUACCAGUCUCCUGUUUAAUACAGUACUGCAUCGCAAGUGGAGAUAAUCAAGUGUCAGCAAUAUCAUCCGAUAUUAAGCCACGACACCUACGCUGUGAAGAUCCCAUUGAAACUCUAAAAUCCAGGUAUGGACUACCGGUCGGCCAAUGUCGUGAUUGCGAUCUCGGAACAGUCUCCGGAUUUGGCCUCGCUAUCCAGGAACAAAACGAUUUGCUAUUGGCUUCGCUCCUGUGCUGUCGGGGAGUUUUAUCUUCCUUCUGCACAUUGUUCAUCUCAUUUCGUCCCGCACUAUUGAAUCGAAUGAAAGGACAAGGAGGCAGCUUUUUUUGCAGAGUCGCUAAGAACGAGAAAGGACCACAACGACCCUAGAAGCAGGCGUUGCUCGUCGCGCCUUGCACAUACUUAUUACAUCAGCAAGGAUGUUGGACGACAGGUUCUUCUGCAUUUUUAGAAACUGUGAAAGCUACCACCACAGUUAGGGGACACCCAGCAGCAGCAGCAGAAAGUUUUGUUUCCUCUGAUAUUCUAUGGAUUGUAAAAAUGUCUGGGUCUGGAAGAUUGCAACUUGUCAUGCUGUUUUUGGACUCUAAAAAAAUUUGUAUUGCAUGACCAGCAAGAGGGGAACAGUUUUUGCUACACGGACAGGGCAUUUCUCAUGCGGAAGGUACAUCAGGAAGCGGUCUAAAAGUCUGCGAUGUUAGGCCAAGCAUUACAGGCAUCGUGGGUCAUGAGAAAUAUGCAUGACAAAUCUUGCAUUUUUCCAGACCCAGACCACAUUUUUGCAUUUGAUAUAUUCCGCGCUCUCUCUGUAUUACGGCGGGGGGAAGUCCGAGGAAGCAAUACAGAUUCCGAAUGGUGUAUCGUACGAAAAAAGUGUUUCACUGUACGGAUUUUGCAGGUUUCACAGGUUUGUUCUACAUGACAGAGAAAAUUUGCCACGCAAGGUUCCUAAGGGAAAACAGAAACACAGCUAAAAAUCCACUGUCUUGCAUGUGUAGCAAGACAAACACAUUUGCGUUCCGUUCUAUGCAUCACAAGUUUACAACGAAGCAGUUUUUUCUAAUGAUACGGCGACUUCGGCACCGGGUCUGGGUACGCGACGGAUGAUAUUGGAGUGCACAACUCCUCCUCGUGGAGGUCCGCGGCAUUUGUAUUAAUUCGAUGAACAGCAAUAGUACGCACAUGUGCAUGAGCACACGCGGUGCCUGUGCGUAAUGAAUUCGUGUUGUGCCGCCGAAUGUUGAUAUACGUUUUGGACGAUUUCUCAAUUUGUCAUCCAGUACCAGGAGGCAACAAAAUAGCUGGACUUAGCAUUUUGCAUGACAAAUCAGCGGGAGCUGUAGGGGGAGUUCUGCACCCCCAUAGAGGAAAGUGGAGCUGACCACUUUAUGCCGGUCUCCUGCAAACUGGCAAACGCACUGGUAGGGGUUGUUGUUUCUUUGCUUCACGGAUGAAAGUAACUCCAUUUUUCUGUUGCUGGUGCGCAUGACAUCAAGUAAACGAAAGUUGCAAUAAUGUUAACUUGCUUUCCCAAAAAAUAAAAAUGCAGGCGUCGCAGCUCACCGUUGCGCGAAAAUCCGGGCAGCUUCCCUGGUUGAAGCCGAACGGAUAUUACAGUGAAAAAUGCCCCCACCCCCCCAAGUAGCAGUAAUUUGUGAUGCGAAGUUUCCAAAUGAACAUUUCUUGUCAUGCAUGAAAGGAAUAUGAAUCUCUGUGAUGUUGCAGAGUCUAGGUGUUGUAUAUAGCAUUGCAUGCAUGACAAGCGCGGCUCUUGCUGGGAACAUUUGCAAUACAAAUUUUCGCUAUUCACGAUUGGGAAUCUGUGAUGCUGCUAGAUGCAGGAGGGCGCGCGUUUCUCUUGGGAAGGUUUGCAAUACAAAUGCUCCCAAGUUCAGGGGUGGCGGCAUUUUCCAUUGCAAUAACGGAAAGGUGCAGGUGACUUUCGUCUACAGACGAGACGAGAAGAGCGGUAGUCUGAAGCCGGUGAUAUCAAGAAGAAAAAUGAUCCCCCCUUUCCAUAUCAAAACGGAAAUCUGUAAUGCAGAUUUGUGGUCCCAAAUCAGCUUUGUCAUGCUAGAAGGGAAAAGAUGCGGACUGUAGUGUUGGGCUGCGUGGGAAUAAAGCCUUGCAUCUUCAGCAUGACAGGAGGCAGCUGGAAGUGGGAAACAGCAUGACAAAAUGCCUGCAAACGAGGCCACAACUGCGGCGCUUGGCCUUCUAGCAAUACAAGUCGACUUGUGUACUGAAAUACAGCAUCACAAAUUUCGUUUUUGAUAUGGGGAGGGGGGAUUUUUCCUUGCGAUAAUUAAGAAUCUAUCGCAUAAUGGUGCACAACUCCGGGUGGGACGGGAAAGUUUCCCUACCAGAGAUGCAGCUGCAAAUCAAGCAAUUUGUCAUCGACGUGGUGCUCGGCAAGCGGAUAAGCGCGAUGGAAUCUGCGUCGACAAGCACAUCGAGCAGUAGCGCAGCGAACAGCGGUACCACCACAGCAACUGCCACCGGCGGGGCGGGCGGCGAGGGGGGUGAGGAUUCGAAGGCGAAAGUUCCUCUCCCGGAGCUGAAGGAGACAGAGUUCACGUUUUUGGUGAAAAAAGACGUCGACGUCCCCAUUUUAUCCUUCGUAAAAACGCCCCCGCCCCAGAGUCAAGAUGGGAAUUCUGCAACACAGAUCCGCAAGUUUUGGGAGUCACGCAUGACAAGAUUUUCUCUGUACUGUAAAGUAAUGCGGGAUAGCAAGCACAACCGCAUCACAAAGCCAUCCUGGUAUGCUGUUUACAGCAUCACAAAUUGCACAAGACGAUUGAAAAUGCCCCUCAUGGGGACGCGCAUUACAAGUUUUCCUGUGAUUGUAAUUCUGCAUGACAACUCUUGGGUGGGGACGUCUUUGCACAGGAUACAUUUUACACGUGAACUACACGACGCACAAGUCAAAUCGAACCUAUUCACUGCAUAUCAAAUGUAAAAAUGUCUGGGUCUGGAAGAUUGGAACUUGUGAUGCUAACUUUGGAAUCUAAAAAAAUCUGUAUUGCGUGACCAGUAAGAGGAGCCACAUUUGUGCUACGCGAGGAGGGCAUUUGUCAUGCGGAAAUGGCACCAGGAAGCUUUCCAAAAAUCUGUGAUGCUGGGUCAUGCAUUACAAGCAUCAUGGGUCAUGCCAGACAAGCAUGACAAGCCUUCCAUUCUUCCAGACCCAGACAUUUUUACAUUUGAUACUGCACCAAAUUUGUCUGGGUCUGGAAGUAAGAGUCCAAGUUUGAUGUCAUGCUGCGAGUCCUGGUUGACACAAAUAAAAAUCUUUGUUGCCUGAACAGCAGAUGAAGCCAUCCAUCUUUGGUGCGUGAGGAUGGCCUUUCUCGUGCAUGCAGGACAGACGUUGCAUUUUUCCAGUAGACCCAGAAGUAUUUGCGGUUGAUAGACCCUUCAUAGCGACGAAUUCGGACGAGUAUCAGGGCAGUGGAGCGGCGGGGCAGAGGACAGGUAAGUACUCAAUUAUUUCAACUCUACUUUGUGCAUUUUUUUUACUUUUCAGUUUCACCGUGGUCAGCGACCUUUUUCUUGGCGAGCCGCAUUCUGUUUGUUUCUGUGCCGAGAAAGACGGGUGUGUACUUAUUUUCAUAUAAAUGUAUGAAAAGUGCAUAUCUUAUUCAGCUUUGUGCGAUAGACAUCAAGGGAAAGAGGCGAGAGAAAUGCUGAAAAAAAAUCCCCCUAAGAUUCCAUGUCCUACGGCGGGUGGUGCAGCUCCACGCAAGGCGGCCGUCACGCGUCCGGGAAGGAUAUUACAAUGAAAAAUGCCGCCACCCCCAGCUUGGCAGCAUUUGUAUUGCAAACCUUUCUAACAGAAACAUUCCCCGUCUUGCAUAUCUCAGCAUCACAAAUUUUCCAUGCUGAAUAGGUCAAAUUUGUGUUGCGAAGUAGCCCAACAGCAGCCGGAUCUUUCAUGCACCAGGCACCUUGCGCACCCAGAUUCUGCAUCAGAAACGCUCGCAAUCCUUUUACUUAUGCAAGACAAAAAGCUUUCUCUUUCAUUUGGAAACUUUGCAUGACAAACUUCUGCAAAUUCCGGGGUGGUGGCAUUUUUCAUCGUAAUGAAGGACCCCUGGAAAAUAGAGCGGUUUGCCGCCUGCGCCGCCCGGUGGAUCGCCAAGUCUCUGGUGGCCGCGAAACUCUGCCACCGGUGUACGGUCAGCCUCUUAUGCAUUGCAAAUAUGUCUUCUGGGUCUCGAAGAUUGAUGCAACUUGUCAUGUUAAAUCCGAAUCAUGUAAAAUUCUGUGUUGCGGGAGUGCCAAGAAAAGCUGUCCCGCAUUCCAGACCUCAUGUUCAUGGAAUAAACCUGCAUGACAAGUUUACACUCUACUUCCAGACAUCCAGGGAUUAUAUUUGCCGUUGAUACAUCUCCUACGCGUCUAAUUUCGCUGAACCCACGGCUAUCUUGUUUGAUUUCCACCACAGUCUGACCAGUGCGGGAAAGCAGGUGGAAAAAAAAAUCAUCCCGGUGGUGCAGAGCAACUUCGAUUUGCGCGUGGGGUGUCUCGUGAAAUCCUUGCAGCUAAGCAGCUUUUUCGCCGGAUGUCCCCAGCUCUUUCCGAUGGUCGUGUCAGGAGCUAGUACAAUUCCUGUCUGGGAGGAACCCAGAGCGCUGCGUGUCUGAUCUGAUUCAUCUGAUAACGCAUUCUCUCCCCCUUGGGGAUGUAAUGUGUAUGAGUUUGUAGUCUUUCCCCCUUGUCAGCACAGUGGGUCGAUAUGUUGAAGAGCGAAAAUCCUACUAAUUGUGUCAACAGAAAUAACCUUGUCAAAAGGUGGACGACAACAACAACGCUGAGGAAUAUCAAAUUGGGUACUAUGUUGCAACUUCUACCUCCUGUCAGUG